AUGUGCGUGGUAGUGCGGCACUCGGCUGUACCCACCCCACUGAAGACAAGUAAUUUAGUCAGCCACAGUCAAAUGAUUGAAUGUGAUGAGCUCGACCUCGAAAACACUUUCUACGUGACUCUCAUGCAUACCCUAUCCUUCGUAGAUCUCGCUAUGAAUUCAUUAGCUAUUUACUGUAUUACCUAUAAAUCAACUAAACAAAUGGGGGCUUAUAAAUGGUAUUUGUUGAUUUAUCAAAUUGUUUCUGCUAUAUUCGAUAUUACCUAUACGGCUGUCACUUUACCGGUAUUGUUUUUUCCAAUACCCAUGGGUUAUCCUGGUGGAUGGAUUGCCCACUUCAUACCUGUCGAUACUCGUACUACUUUAACUAUGGUAACUAUAACUUAUUCGUGGCUUGGUGCUUCCAUUCUGAAUCUGUUCAACUAUCGUCGCCAUGUGGUCACUCCCACCCAUCCUAUCCGGAAUAUUAUUGACCACGGUGAGUAUUCCUUUACAGUGGGUCUGAGGCUAUGGAUUUUUCAUAUUCAGGCCAAUAACGACCUUAUAUCCAGGCUGCACCGAACACAAAGGAACCCAUGUAAGAGGUUCAAACGCCGUCAUGACCCACUGCUACAGCGAAAGGCAGCACUGUGCGGUUCUGGCCUGUCAGCUCUUUGUGCAAUUGCAAUAACUGGAACUCGUCCGAAUACCCUUUCCAUGUUAUUUCCGUCAUGGCUAACUCGUCCAACCUCUAUUUUCCCUACUUCGAGGAGCCAUAUUUUUCUCGAAAUCGGCGAGUUCUCUCGCUUUCUUCACAACCGAUGA